AUGUCUUGGAAGCAAAGAGUUGUCCAUAAACAUCAACCCCUCAAAACUCACUACCGCCCGCGCACUACGGUGGCCGAGAAGUCGCCAUCGCCGCAACCACAAGAGCGGAGAACGGGGCGCAAGAUGGUUCGCGUCGGCAGGCCAGAGAAGUAUGACUGGGAAGACAAACGAGAGAUAUGCUGGAAGCUCUAUAACGAGGAUAGGCUAAGCGGCAACCAGAUCGUCGACUGGUUCGCGAAUCACUUCAACAUCCCAAAAUCCGAACUUCCGCCUUCAAACCAGUUCCACAGGAAGUUCAAGCAAUGGGGUUUUCCAUCGCGACGCGCCCAGCUGUCGGCAGAGCAAGAGGAGAAAUUGCUGGCGAGGAUCAAAGACCUGUUUAACAAGAACCUUCCUGCGAAGAAGAUCCAGGGCACCGUGAAUGAGGAGGGCUGGGACUUAGACGACUACCACUUCCUUCGCUUCCGCAAGAAGCAUGGGUUGAUGCUACGGGGUGAACAGGCCUUCCAGAGCUUGCCUCCACGAGAGAAGAAGAGGAAGGCUACUGAUGAGCCGUGUAGUCAGCAAGAGGCGACCCAGAGCACACAGGACGCGGCAGCGCCAGAAGCCGAUGUCGUGCCUCGAUCCUACUAUUUUGCACCAGAGGUACCGCGAACCGACAUCCCCCCAUUGGCUCCCGAAGAAGCAGCUCGCCGAGAACAGCGUGCAAGGGAUCUUGAAGCCUCAAGCGAACAGCUGCUGCACACCCGGAAGCGUCGCCGCCGGAUCAGAGGAUGGGGUAAGCUGCCUCCGGACGCUCCUGGUCUCGAACCACGCUACAGCUCGGAAACCAGCUUGGAUGAGUGCAAGGCGUUCUUGCAUCUGUCCAACGAGCUUUACAAUCAAAUCCGGGAGGAGUUCAUGGCCAUCUGCAUUGCGGACGGCGUCACCAAGAUGUCAGAAUGCAAAGACGGCGAGUGGCAAGCCGUAAAGGACAAGCUUGUGCGUCAGAACGCAUACCUCAGCUCUGUGCUACAUCCUCUACAAGGGGAUCUCGACAAGAAGAACAUCGCAGUCAACUGCAUCUGUAUGGAUGUGACGAAGCGUAUCCGCACGUUGAACAAGACACUGGGCAUGGCUGACGCGAACAACAUCCUCGAGCUGGAUCCAUUGCAGUCCAAGGAGCUACGCCGGAUCUUCUACGAGGUGCUCGAGGAAGACCACUUCACGACGGUUGCUGAAUGCGGCGUCGGACAUGUUGACGAGCUUCGCCAGCGAUGGUACGCUCGGUCUGAGUUCUUGCAGCGCGUGAUGGCGGAAGGCGAUCCUGAAAAGCUACGUGCCCUCAAAGUCCUGGAUCGCGACACCCGCAAACGGUACGGCGAUGAUCGUAAUAGAGCGAACCCAGAGGCGAAGUUGGGGAGAUAUGGAGCCGCAAACAACUACGGCCCUGGCCCUGGAACUGCUCCUCGUGUAGUAAAGAUGAAGCGAGGACCUACACGUACGUACGGAAACAAGGACACCGGCGCUCAGUCGGCCACGCCGCAGGCGGAACUGGAGCAUUGGGAGCACAAUGUCGCCACAGCUCCAUCCACUACUCCCAAUCAGCCUCAAUCGGCUACUCCUCGCCGCACCUUGGCCCCUCCUGGCCCAAGUUGGAUCGGUCACCCAGUUCCACCUUUCCACACUACGACAAUCGCGAACAUGGUCCCCCCUAUCAACUUCGAAAUCGAUCCUGCACUGGACAGGCCGAUCUGGCCGCCUACGGCCGCCCCUUGGGGCUCCAGUGAGCGCGACGCCGAUCCGCUCCCGCUGUCAAAUGGUCAAUCGGUCCAUGGUCCCCGUCAUGCCCAUAACCCUACCGGAGCAGCUACGUCGUCGAGCGCGCAAGCAACGCCAGCGAGCAUCCCGGCUUACUUCCGACUCUCAGGUUCCUCACAAUUGGUGGGACACCAUCCGCGCGUGUGGAUUGGCAAGCUUGCCAGUCGCUCUGUGUCCGCCUUGCACAGUGCGGCGACGGUCAAAGCAGGGGCAGCCAGCGUUAACAAAGUGCAUGGCGUGGUGAAGAAUCCUGGAGGUGACGAAGACAGUUAUCUGAUCGAGAACGAGGAUGACUUGGAGGCAUAUCUGGGCGAAGCGGGGGAGAAAGCGACUUUUGUUGUGGAGUUGGCGGGAGGGUAUGCCUGA